ACGCACACUGAUUGCGCCAGCAGUAAUAACGUAUUGAAAAUUUAAUUUGUGUCUUUUUUACGGGACCAAAGGAAGGCUCACCUGUUAAGUUCUGCUGUAUUCACGUACGGGAUUUAAAGCCAUGCGAUUGAUCGUGUCGCAUCGUUUACCAGCGUCUUAAAAGUGCCACCAUGUCGUCGACGGAGCUGUACGUGAAGGAUGCUCGCGUAUGGAUUCCGCAUCCGGAAACGGUAUGGGAAGGUGCGGUCGUUGCCGAAGACUACAAGCAGGACGAUAAACAGCUCAAGUUAGUUACCGACCGUGGCGUACCGCACACGGUACAGCUUGGAAGUGCAGCCGAUCUACCCCCGCUACGUAAUCCGACCAUCCUCAUUGGGCAGAAUGAUCUCACGGCCCUAUCGUACCUGCACGAACCGGAUGUGCUGUACAACCUGGAGGUACGGUUCUGUGACCGCCAGGCCAUCUACACGUACUGCGGAAUUGUGCUGGUUGCCAUCAACCCGUACGCCGAGUUGCCACUGUACGGUGCCGAUCUGAUCCGAGCGUACCGAGGGCACGCGAUGGGCGAGUUGGAACCUCACAUCUUCGCAGUGUCCGAGGAGGCAUACGCUAAGCUCGAGCGGGAAAAAUGUGACAUCAGCAUCAUCGUGAGCGGUGAGUCCGGUGCCGGCAAGACGGUUUCGGCAAAGUACGCGAUGCGAUACUUUGCCGCUGUUGGUGGCAGCGAGUCGGAGACGCAGAUCGAAAAGAAGGUACUCGCCAGCAGCCCGAUCAUGGAAGCGAUCGGAAAUGCAAAAACGACACGAAACGACAACAGUUCACGGUUUGGCAAAUUCACGAAGCUGCUGUUCCUGAACCACCACUCGAUGGCGCUGACUGGCGGCACGAUGCAGACGUAUCUGUUGGAGAAGUCGCGCGUUGUGUUUCAGGCACCGGGCGAACGGAACUAUCACAUCUUCUAUCAGCUGUGCGCCGCGCGCGAUCAAUGGCCCGAGCUGAUGCUGGAUCAUCAGGAUAAGUUUCAUUUUUUAAACCAAGGCGAAUCGCCCAACAUCAAUAAACUUUCGGAUAAGGAUCAGUUUGAGGAUACGCUGACCGCACUGAAGACGCUCGGUUUCGAUGAUGGGGAGAUAGGCGAUAUAAUGAAGGUGAUCGCAUCGGUACUACAUCUCGGUAAUGUGGUGUUCAACCACAGACAGAAAACACAAACGCAGGAGGUGGACAGUGAGGCGUGCUCGAUCGCUAGCAACGAUCUGCAUCUGAACGUUGCCUGUGACAUCCUGCAGCUUGAUCGGGCGGAGCUGCGCAAGUGGCUGGUGACGAGACAGAUCGAGUCGAUGAACGAUAGCGUGCUGAUUCCCAUGAACAAGCAAACGGCAGAAGCGACGCGAGACGCCCUGGCGAAGCACAUCUAUGCGGAAUUGUUUCAGCACAUUGUUCAGAAGAUCAAUCGAAACUUGGCUGGCAGCAAGAAGCAGACCUGUUGCUUCAUAGGUGUGCUCGACAUCUAUGGCUUUGAAACGUUCGACAUCAACUCGUUCGAGCAGUUCUGCAUAAACUACGCAAACGAGAAACUACAGCAGCAGUUUAAUCAGCACGUGUUUAAGCUGGAACAGGAGCAAUAUCUGCGGGAAGGCAUCGAGUGGAAGAUGAUCGAUUUUUACGACAAUCAACCGUGCAUUGACCUGAUCGAGUCGAAGCUCGGUAUACUGGAUCUGCUCGACGAGGAGUGUCGAAUGCCGCGGGGUAGUGACGAAUCGUGGGUUGGCAAGCUGAUGGAAAAGUGUAGCAAGUACAAACACUUCGACCGGCCCCGGUUCGGUACGAGUGCGUUCCUGAUCAAACACUUCUCCGACACGGUGCAGUAUGAGUCGCGAGGCUUUCUGGAGAAGAACCGCGAUACCGUAUCGCGGGAGCUGGUGAGCGUGCUGAAAGCGUCCGGCAUGCGGCUGUGCCAGCGAUUAAUGCUCGCCCAGGAGGAGGGCCAUGCGGACGUGGAUGCAAAAACGCCGACGGCGGGUGUUAAGAUUAUGGUUAGUGCGGCAAGAAGUCAGUCGGCGGAAAAGAAGAAAAAGCCGAUGACUCAGAAACAGCAACGGAAAACCGUCGGUUCUCAGUUCCGCGAGAGUUUGACGCAGCUGAUAACGACGCUACACAACACGACACCACAUUACGUGCGCUGUAUUAAGCCAAACGAUGACAAGGCACCGUUCAAAUGGGAAGCACCAAAGAUCGUACAACAGCUGCGCGCUUGCGGCGUGCUGGAAACGGUACGCAUAUCCGCCGCAGGUUUCCCAUCGCGCUGGAAGUAUGAAGAUUUUUACGACCGCUACCGGCUGCUCUGCAAACGGAUGCAGAUCGUCGACUGGCACGUGAAGGCUACCUGCACGAAUAUUGUGCGCAACUGGCUGCACGACGAGGACAAGUAUCGGUUGGGCAACACGCAAAUCUUCUUCCGCGCUGGUCAGGUUGCGUACCUGGAGCAGGUGCGAAGUGACACGAGGAAAAAGCACAUCAUCGUAGUGCAAUCGUUGAUUCGCCGGUUCGUCUGCAGGAGACGAUACUUGCGGUUGAAACAGACUGCGCUUGGUUUACAGCGACACGCGCGUGGCAUGUUGGCUAGAAAACGCGCGGAUAAUCUUCGCAAGAAUCGUGCGGCCAUCAUCAUUCAACGCUACACACGCGGUUGGUUGCAGCGCAAAAAGUAUCUUCAGAUACGGAAUGCUGUUUGGGGACUGCAAACCCGCGCCCGUGGUUACAUGGCACGGCGCAAGUUUCACGAGGUGCUGGAUAACUAUAAAGCUACCCAGAUACAGCGUUUCUGUCGCGGUUAUUUGGCCCGUCGUCGAUACCGGGCCCGGUUGGCAAACAUCAUCAAAUGUCAGUCUGCCAUACGGCGCUUCCUUGCGCGGCGUGCUUUCAAGAGGUUGAAGGCCGAAGCGCGCACCGUCGCACACAUCCAGAAGAUGUACAAGGGUCUCGAAAACAAGAUUAUUGAGUUGCAGCAGCGUCAGGAUGUACUGUCCAAGGAAAAUGUCGCCUUGAAGAAGCAAAACGCUGAGGUUGUGGAGAUGCGCCAGAAGCUGGAAGGCAUGAAACGGUUGGAGAACGAGCUUAAGCUGUUACAGCUGCAGUUGGUCCAGAAGGAUGAGAAACUGAUGCUCUCGAUCAGACAGCUGGAAGGCGAGCGUGACGAAAAGAUGCAACUGCUGGAAGAGAAGCAGCGCGAAGAGGAAGACCGUCAACGGGAGCGGGAAGCGUUCGAGCAGGAGCUUGCAAAGGUUCGCCGUGAGGUAACGGAGAUAAGCGCCGUCACGCAGAUCGAACGUGCCCGGUUGGUAUCGCAGGCGGAUACGGAAGAGAUACACGCGGCCUACCAGCGCACGGUGAAGGAUAAGGAUGCGCUAGAGAACGAGAAUGUGUCCCUGCGACAGGAAGUUCGCCGGCUGCAGCGCAUAAUGGCGGAUUCGCAUGAGCUUAAAACUCAUUCACGGUCCGUCAGCAAUGCGUCCAGCACGAACGAGGAGGAUUACGGCUACACGUCCGGACGGAACACGCUGGACAUUCGGCGCGCCUCGCCCCAUCCGUACGAAGGUGAUGUCGGCAGUAGCCUCGCAACUGUCGCUAGUGGGGGAAGCCUUAUUCGGGGGGCUCAGCGCAGUGGCAGUGGUUCUGUUAGUAGUAAUUAUAGCGUUAGUAGUACAAUUGUCGCUAGUCAUGGUGAGCGGAAGGAUGAGAAGAAGCAUCCUUUCGUUGAUUACGAACGGGUGUACCGAACACCGCCCGAUUCAAUCGGUAUGCUGAAAGACCCUUCGGAUUCGACUGUAGGCGAUUCGCCCGAAAAGGACCAAACGGCCAUCAUUUUACGCAUGCGAAAGCUGUUCGAGGAAGAGAAGUCUAAGAGCGAACAACUGCGCAAGGAGCUAGCCCGGCUAAAGAAAUCUUCCACCUUCAGCACGGAAGACUCAAUUCGCGCUUCCGAACUGGAGGUGGAGAAUGAGAAGCUGCGCCAGGAUUAUAAUCUACUGCGCAACAGCAUCAAGCGCGGAGUUGAGUCACGCGAAAUGGACGCACAGUACGGUGCGUUGCAGGAGGAGCUGAAACGGCGCCGUGAAGAGUGUAUCUCACUGAAGGCGGUCCUAGCACAGCAGAGCCAAUCGUUGCGUUCGCUAGGUCAAACCGCGAACGGUGAAACCAGCCUGCGGAUACACGACGAAGGUGAACUGAUGGAAGCGUUCCAAGCGCAAAAGCUGGUCAAUCGGCAGCUCGAGUCGGAACUGCGCGCUAUAACGGAUGCAAACAACGAAACGCUGGUGGAGAACAAUCGCAUCAUCGAUGGGCUAAAGUCGGAGAACGGGGAGCUGCAAACGAUCUUACAACAGCGCGUAGAGCAGGUCGGGGAAGAGGUCGACCUGGAGACGGUGAGACAAAACGAACAGUAUCUGCGGCAUGAGCUGAAGAAAUCGACCGCAGCCUAUGUGGAGCUGCAGGAGCAGUUGAAUGAGCUACUGGGGAAGAAUACUGAGUUGCUGAAGAAGAACAACAUCCUAUCGAACCGGUUGCGUGAUCACGGUUUGAACGAUUCCAUACUGAUGAACGAUGAGUUCCACAGCAUGGUGGCGGUGGUGAAGAAGGAAACGCAAUCGUCCCAGGGCAUACUGAAGUACCGGCAGGAGGAUGAGAGUAAGAUCAUGCAACGAUUGGUGACCGAUCUGAAGCCGCGUGUGGCAGUGACGCUUGCACCGAGUUUGCCGGCGUACGUAGUGUUUAUGAGUAUCCGGUACACGGAUCUAGUCAAUAUGGAUCAGCUUGUACGGUCGCUGUUGACGCGCUUUGUACAGAUGAUAAAACGACUGUACCGUGGAGCGAACUCGGUCGAAGUACGCGUCAUGUGGCUGGCGAAUACGCUCACCCUGCAUAAUCUAAUGAAGCAGUUCGGUGGCUACAAAGAUUACAUGAAGUAUAACACGGACGUGCAGAAUGCGCAGCAGUUGAAAAAUUUCGAUCUAGCCGAAUAUCGUCAGGUGAUACACGAAACGAUCGUCUCGAUGCACAGUGUGCUGAUCAGACAGAUACAGGAGAGCAUUAAGCAGUACAUUGUGCCGGCCAUUUUACACCACGACGAAACGGCACGGGGCAAAAGCCGUCGCACGAUGUCGCUCGAUAUCUCGCCGGAGCAGGGCCGGUCGGAGCCGGAGCUACUCGUGCAGCAGCUAGACUGUCUGUACAACCAUCUGAGCAGCUUCGGGCUGGAGGGAUGCUACAUCGAACAGAUCUUCAAGCAGCUGAUGUACUACAUCUGUGCCGUGUCGGUGAACAAUCUGAUGGUGCGCGGUGAUCUGUGCAUGUGGAAGACGGGCAUGAAGCUGCGAUACAAUAUGGGCUGUUUGGAGGGAUGGGUGCGCACGAUGAAGAUGGACCCGGACGUAAUGAAGCCGUUCCUGCCGCUCAACCAGAUCUCAUCAAUACUGCAGGCACGCAAAUCGGAGGAGGAUGUGCCAACGCUGUUGGAGUUGAGUACGGCACUAUCGACGGCACAGGUCUUAAAGAUCAUCAAAUCCUACAAGACGGAUGAUUGUGAAAACCAGAUCAAGCCGGCUUUUAUCGAGAAGCUGACCAAACAGUUAAACCUUCGCUCGGAACAGGGCGAAUCGGAUACGUACAUGAUGGCGGAAGACAUCGUCAGUCCGCUGGUGGUGUUGUUCAAGUACAGUGAAAUCAAUCUGGAAGAGAUUGACCUACCGCCCGAGCUGAAUCUGGAGGGACUGGUUACCAAGAUCUAGAUUACUUAGUACGUUAAACGCUCCUAUUAUGCUGUAAGAAAACGCUCUGAUUCCUUACGCGAUUUUUACUGGAACUCAUGUAUUGCUACACUAUGUUAAGAUUGUUACAUCUAUUGCAACAGUGCCUAGAAGCGUGAAUGGGCACUAUUUGUUAUUUGAAAGUUGUUGUUUUACUUCAGUCUGACUGAAGCGAUGAUGCUAAAAGUGAUCGUGUUAUCUAUCAAUGCGGUAGUCGAACAAAAUUACCUGAAAGAAGUGCAAUUGGAGCUUUUUUAGUGCUUUCUUUCGAAACAAACAAUCAUUUCUCAAACGUGUGAUGGAAGUAGAUCAGCCAACGCUGAUCGAUACAUGUUUGUAAGGGGUUUCGUUAAGUUUAUAAAACUGUCGAAAGUGAAGGUAUUGUAAGCGUGCGUUGGUGAUGGUUUUUUUUGUUGUUGUUAGUAUAGCAGGUAUGACUGAACUCGAUGGGACUUUUGCGAAACGUGUGUGCCUAAUCCUGUGAGCGGUAAGUGCGAUUGACGAAGGACGAGGACGGAAGGAAUGAAUAUGUUAAGUUUAUCGAUUGGAAGAACCGUUUCUAUUACGUUCCUGUCCCGUUCUUGUGAGAUUUGUUGACCAAACGGACGGGAAGAGGGUGAAAGUGACUCUAGAAUCUAAAGCAUUUCAAAUUACUUAACACACUUACACACUGGCAUUUGAAAGAAGUGAGUGAAUAGUGUAAUUUUUCGAUAGAGUUAUAACUAUUUAAAGGGAAUGAAGCAUAUGAAUUAUAUUUACACCAACGUACAUCGAGCAUGUGUAAUAAGUUGUAAAUCUAUACUAUCCACAGUAGAAAAUGUACUAAACAUAGGAUAUAUAUCUAUUAGUACACGAGAAGUUGAUGAAUGAUCAUUAGGGUGGAAAAACAACUGAACAAUAAUGAGGUAGGAAAAAAUGGUUGAAAACAAUAAUAAAUCAUUUAAAGUACUGUAUUGGAAGGACUGUCUCGGAGGUGAUGAUGGAAUACCUGCAUCAUAUGUAACAACACGCUUCAUUAAACGGAUAGAUUUAUGUAGACGAUCUAGACUAUAUAGUUGCAUUUGAAGGGUAGCAGUGGAAUGCACAGAUUGUUAGCCUGGUGUUCCACUGCUGAUCCUUAGUAUUAAAUAAAUGUUAGAGUUUCAUGAAAAGCAGAGCAAU